UCAGUUCAGUCCGGAGCCGAACUCAGGGACCGGGUCCAGACCGUAAUCCACCCGAGUCAUCUGGUCCUGCCUCAGAGGACACGCUGACCCGGGACAGUUCGGGUCUUUUUAACUCUUUACUCGCUCGGAUCCGGACGCGCGGUGGUUUUACGCGUCUCCAGGUCGGUUCCGUUGGACCAUGAAUCCGGUGUAAGAUCUGAUCGAGUUCUCGUCAUGGACCCGGUUCAGCUGCUGCUGCUGCUGCUGCUGCUGAUGAUGAUGAUGAAGAUGUGCGGCAGCAGAGCAACGGAGCUGAGAAACAAACGUUACGCUGUUAAUCCUCUGGGACACAAGUGGUCUCACCACAACAUCACAUACAGAAUCAUCAAGUUUCCAAACACUCUGAAUGUGGACGACACUAAGAAGGCCAUCAGCAUCGCCUUCACCAAGUGGAGCGACGUAUCUCCUCUGACCUUCUCAGAGCUAACUGAUGGCAACGCCACAGCUGACAUCACCAUCGGUUUCUACACCUUCAACCACACCGACUGCUGGUGGUCUCCUCUACACCCCUGCUUCGAUGGCCUGAACGGCGAGCUGGCUCAUGCUUUCCUGCCGCCACGAGGAGAAAUACACUUUGACAACCACGAGUUCUGGAUCCUCGGCAAGUCAAGAUUCAGCUGGAAACAAGGUGUGUGGCUGAACGAUCUGGUUCAGGUGGCAGCUCAUGAGAUCGGUCAUGCUCUCGGCCUGUGGCACUCCAGAGACCCUCAGGCGCUGAUGCAUCCCAACGCCACCUACACUGGACAGAGGAACAUCGCUCAGGACGACAUUUGGGGCAUCCAGAGACUCUACGGUUGUCUGGAUAAGAAGCGAGUCUGUGAUCCGUGGGCUCGACUCGGCUUCUGUGAGCGGAGGAAGAUGUUUAUGAAGAAGAACUGUCCUCAGCGCUGUGACCUCUGUUAUGAGCCUCUGGAAGCGGUUAGCACACCAACACCGUCUCCAGCCAACAUCAAGAUCAAGAUGGUUCCCAGAGGGAAGGUGGUGGGUUUCCGCUGUGGAACCAAAAACUCUCGCUCUCCACCCAAAGUCAGCUGGUUUAAAGACGGCGAGCAGAUCGUCGCCUCUGUCCCCGGCUACAUCGUCUUGAAGGACAGAGACCUUCGCAUUAUCGCCAACGAGUUUAAUGAGGGCGUUUACACCUGUCGCAUCCAUCGACGUGGGGACAUCGUAUCUGCCAACUCCUGGGCCAUCCGACUAAAACCAGAGCAACCGUCCAACAGCUGAGGACAAAACAUGAUGAACUGUUUUUAUAUUAGUGGAACGACUCACUACGAUUGGAUAUGACAGAAAGUCACUCUGCAAACAAACCAAACCAUGGUUGAGUUUGAUCCAGACCCAGAACACCUCUCUCCGUGUGUGAGGAACCUUUCACAGUCUGAAGGUCUGAAACAAAGGAGGAGUCACAGAGUGAAACCUGCGGCUCCAUCAUCCAGUUCCUCCUAUCUCAGAUAUUGGCGCCACCAUCUUCACCUGGUGAUGUCAGAACGUUUGAUUGAAUUAAUUGGAUCACAUCAGUUUUAGUAUUUCUGUUAGCGCCCCCCCCAGUAAUGUAUGUGACAUGUAUGUAAUAUAAGUCAUGUGACAGCUCUGACAUCUCAUUGAAUCUUUUAUUUUUCAGUUGCUCACAUUGUUUGACGUCUGUUCCUCUUCUUCGCUGACCAUCGUUCUAAAAACAGUCCUUUGUUUGACACUGAUUUACCCACAAUGCACUGCAUGAGUCUGAUGCAGAGAAACAUGAUGAAAUAAUUUAAAUAAAUUUGGUUUCUAACAUUUAUAUUCUUCACAUUUAAAUUAGUAACAAGUCGUUAAAAUUCACCUGUUGUCUCCAAGUGACCUCACGGUGACGACAGCCGCUGAUGCACUGUGGGAUACCGUCUGUUUCCGUCCAGAUAGUGACGUCAUGUGGACACUCAUAGCUACUGCACCAACCUCUGUGGUCAACAGAUCCGAAACUCAUCUGUUUGUCAACCUCUAACCUGCUCUCUGAUUGGACCAGAGCUCUGGCCGUGAGAACAUGUGAAGAACAUGUGAGGAACAUGGUAAGAACACGUGAAUACAUCGUUCCAUCUUCAAAAUCAAACUUUAUUGUGUGAACACAACUGUUCAGGUGAGGCUGCACACGGUGCAGACACACACCUGUCAUCACCUCCAACCUUCUGAUUCAAAAGACCUUCAUCAUGUCGUCGUCCUCAUCUUCAUCCUCAGAGCCGUGAUGAAGAUGAGGAGGACGACAGACCUGAGAUCAGCUCAGACUCGAACACACAAA